CAGUGUGACAAGCCAGCGGAAGUAAACAACACAAACAGUGAUCGCUUCAGCUGCAUGGACGUGUUGAAUUCAUUAGCUGCAAGACGAGUAGUCGUAGUGCAGAUAAAGCAACAAUGUCUUCAGUGGUGUAUUUGAGAGAGUUUGUCAACGAGAGACUAUCUGCUGCUGCUGAAGAAAUAUUCGGAGUUUUUGAAAAAACUAUCUUCGAGUACGAAGAAGAGAUCGAUCGACAACGAAGACUGUUGGAUGUUGUUUGGAAACCUGAAAUACAGUUACUCAGCAGAGGUGAAAACCCGUAUAUCUGCAAGACCUGCGGGAAAAGCUUCAUUGAGAUGUCAACAUUGAGAAGGCAUAUGAGAAUCCACACGGAGCUCCCACAGCAACAUGUCUGUGAGCAGCAGGAGGUGCUCACUGACCAGCAGCUCUGUAUUCAGGAGAGGAACUCCAGUCUGGACCAAGAGGACCCAGAGCCUCCACAGAUUAAAGAGGAACAGGAGGAACUCUGCACCAGUCAGGAGGGAGAGCAGCUUGUACUAAAGCAGGAGACUGAUGACUUUAUGGUGACUCCUACUACUGAGCAAAGUGACCACAGUGAAGAUCAAACUCUGUACUUCAAUCCUGUUGACACUCUAAAUGCAUCAGAGUCUGUAGGCAACGUACAAUUUACAAGCUAUAUGGUAUCAGAACAAAACAGUGACCAGCAGCUCCUCUCUCACAACUCUCAUCAGAAAGAUCCGAAAGUAGGCAAGCAUGUAGACUCAGGCUCAAAUAGAAAUGCAGAGCCAAACUCACAGAACAGACAUCACCAAAGCAACAGUCACAUUAACAAUGUACAUAACCCUACCAUGUCAAAGAUUCACCAUAAUACUCAAACAGGUAAAACGUAUUUCCAAUGUGACACUUGUGGAAAGGCUUUUAAGUAUCAGUCAAGCUUGAUCCCGCACCUGAGAACUCACUCAGGUGAGAAGCCAUACUCUUGCAACACCUGUGGGAAAAGAUUCAGUCAGAAAUCCUCAUUGAACACUCAUGUAAGAAUUCAUACAGGGGAGAAACCAUUUACUUGCAAUACAUGUGGGAAAAAAUUCAGUCAGACAUCAGCAUUGAACGCUCAUUUAACAAUCCAUACAGGGGAGAAAUCACAUACUUGCAAUACAUGUGGUAAAGAUUUCAGACUGAUUCGUGACUUGGCAGUCCACAUGAGAAUCCACACGGGUGAGAAGCCAUUUAAUUGCGUAAUAUGUGGGAAAGCUUUCAGACUCAGUGGUGACCUGACAGUUCAUAUGACUAAUAUACACUGGAGAGAGGCUGUAACUUUGCAAGAUUUGCGGGACAAUUGACUCGUAUGUAUUGGAUUUGGCGAAGCAUAUAAGAUACAUGUACUGCAUACACACAUUUGCGCUUACAUCCAGGUUUUUUAAACCAGGAAAUCCCGUUAAAAAUGGGCGAUAGACUCCUUUGUUAUUGCCAGUGGAUGAGUAUGCCUUUGUUAUUUUUCUGAUGUGUCAAGGUGCACUUGAAGCAGGGUUAGUAAACAGUAGAAGGCAGAGUUGGUGAUUAUUGGAACAGUUGAAUGACUAACAAAAACAUGUUUAAUGAGUUUUAUUUUGUUUCUGUUACGUUUGAAUAAAGUGUGUUUUACGACAAACAG